UGCUGCGCGCGUCCGGCAGCUGGUGCUGCGGUGUCAGGCCGCGCGGUCCCGUCUGCACAGGACACGGAGCGCGUGCCCGGCCCUGGCAGGUCUUCGGUGGGUGGCGAAUGCUGCACCUGGGAGGUGCAGAGCGCUGCGGGCCUGGGGCUCGGGGCUCGGAGCGUGGAUUGAGAAGCUACUUCAGGGAGAAGGGUUUUGAAUCAUGAUUUGAGGAUACAGGCAGGCGACCCUGGUGGGGAAUCCUCAGUACAGUCCAGAAGUCAUAGAUACCAGCUAGGAGGUGAAAAUGAGCAGCCGCCGGAAGCGUGCUCCUCCAGUGAAGGUAGAUGAGGAAAGGCAGCGGCAGCUCCACUGGAACAUGCACGAGGACAGGAGGAACGAGCCACUUGCCUCACCUAUGGGUGAGCAGCCCUGCCCGGGUGCAGACUCUGACUCUGAGUGCAUCCUCAUAGAUGAUGAGCCACUGGACGACGCCAGCACCGUUCAGAGAGAGAAGAGGAGGCGCCCUGAGGCUGUGAGCAUCUCAGAAUUGACCAAAAAUGAGAGCGUUGCUAUUUCUUCCUCUUCAUCUGUAAAGCUGAAUAUUAUGAUUACUCCCCACCAUGUUGAUCGUUCUUGGAAAGCGCUGCUGGGAGAUUUCACUCUUCAGCUUCUUCCUGAAGAGAGUUUAAUUGACAGCUUUUCUGAAAGGAAUUUUACAUUGAUGAGUUCAGAGUCAAGAGAUGGUUUCCUGAUCUAUGUUCAUUCAGAAUAUAAAGAUGUAGAGAAACAAAAUGCACGCAAAGAAUCACUGAGUGUUUGUGACAAGGCUGUUGGAGUGGAAUCAUCUUUCAGUGGUGAAAUGUUACAGGAUCUGGAAUGGCUGCAGAAGAAGAGAGGAAUAAAGCUUUAUCACAGACCCGAAGGGAAACACAUCAUCAAGGUUGGAAUUUAUAUUUUGGAAACUGGACUCGCAAAACUAGACUUUAUGAGUGAUGCAAGUUCAAGAAUGAAAAAGUUCAACCAACUCAUGAAGAGACUAAUGGAAAAGUUAUAUAAUUUUAUUAUUCCAGAUGUUUUGGAAGAAGACGAGGAAGAUUCAGAGAGUGAGCCAGAGAGCCAGGAUAUUGAUGAGCUCUAUCAUUUUGUGAAGCAAACACAUCAGCAAGAAACACAGUCGGCCCAAGUGGAUGUCCAGCACCCUGCACUGAUCCCUGUGUUAAGACCCUACCAGAGAGAAGCAGUCAACUGGAUGCUACAACAGGAGCAUUUCAGAGGCACCCCUGCUGGUGACAAUUCCCUGCACUUCUUGUGGCGAGAAGUUGUUACAUCUGAUGGUUUCAAACUCUACUAUAACCCAUACACAGGGUGUAUCAUUCGUGAGUACCCACAUUCUGGGCCGCAGUUGCUUGGUGGGAUCUUAGCAGAUGAGAUGGGUCUCGGAAAGACAGUGGAGGUUUUGGCUCUGAUUCUGACACAUACUCGACAAGACGUGAAACAAGAUGGACUCACGCUUCCUGAGGGGAAAGUGGUGAAUUAUUUCAUCCCAUCACACAGUCCUGGAAGACAAGUAAAAGACAUAGAAAUCCAAGAUAGGGAAUUUGAACGAAAAGAAAAAGUUCAGUGCCCCCCCACACGUGUGAUGAUCCUGACUGCCGUGAAAGAAAUGAAUGGGAAGAAGGGAGUUUCUAUUCUUUCUAUCUAUAAGUAUGUCAGUUCCAUAUAUAGAUACGAUGUUCAGCGCAACAGGAGUCUCCUGAAACGGAUGCUGAAGUGUCUAAUUUUUGAAGGUCUUGUGAAACAGAUCAAAGGCCAUGGUUUCUCUGGGACUUUUACACUGGGGAAGAAUUACAAAGAAGAGGAUAUAUGUGAUAAAACAAAAAAGCAGGUAGUGGGGAGUCCACGCAAAAUUCAGAAAGAGUUGAGAAAAUCAGUAAAUAAGGACACAGAUUCUGAAUACCUGCCAUCUAACACUUCUGAUGAUGAUGAUGAUGCUUAUUAUUAUUAUUAUUAUAAAGACAGAAGGAAUCGUAAAUUGAAAAAAAAGCCUGUUCUGCUCACAAAAAAAGAAAACAGUCAGCCUUCCAUCAGUCUGGAUUCACAGGUUCACUGUCUAGCUCCUAGUGACUCUGCGAGCAUGGAUGGUAUUAAGUCCGAAAGUACGUGUGCCUCUGAUAAGAAGCAAAACCAAGAAGCAGAAGGCCAUGCUGAGUCUCCCAGCCCUGCUGCUGGCGAGGUGAUCUGCUCUAAUGCUACCAGUCCCUACAAUACCUCUGAUUAUCGCUUUGAGUGCAUAUGUGGUGAAUUUGACCAGGUAGACUGUAAGCCCCGUGUCCAGUGCCUGAAGUGCCACCUCUGGCAGCAUGCGAAGUGUGUGAACUACGAAGAGAAGAAUCUGAAGGUGAAGCCUUUUUACUGCCCCCACUGCCUUGUUGCAAUGGAGCCAGUAUCCACAAGAGCAACUCUGAUUAUCUCUCCAAGUUCCAUCUGCCACCAGUGGGUUGAUGAGAUCAACCGGCAUGUGAGGUCCUCCUCUCUCAGAGUCUUGGUAUAUCAAGGAGUGAAGAAAGAUGGUUUCUUGCAGCCUCAUUUUUUGGCAGAACAAGAUAUAGUUAUCAUUACUUAUGAUGUCCUUCGUUCAGAACUGAACUAUGUCGAUAUCCCACAUAGCAAUAGUGAGGAUGGGCGUCGCCUGAGGAAUCAGAAGCGCUAUAUGGCCAUUCCCAGCCCCCUGGUGGCAGUAGAGUGGUGGAGGAUCUGUCUUGAUGAAGCACAGAUGGUUGAAUGUCCUACAGUAAAAGCUGCAGAAAUGGCCCAGCGGUUGAGUGGGAUUAAUCGGUGGUGCAUCAGUGGCACUCCAGUACAGAGAGGAUUAGAGGAUCUUUUUGGACUGGUAGUCUUUCUUGGUAUCGAACCCUACUGUGUCAAACACUGGUGGGUUCGACUUCUCUAUCACCCGUACUGCAGGAAGAAUCCUCAGCACCUCUACAGUUUCAUUGCCAAGAUACUGUGGAGGUCUGCAAAGAAAGAUGUCAUUGACCAAAUACAGAUCCCUCCUCAGACUGAAGAAGUACACUGGCUCCACUUUGCUCCGGUGGAGAGACAUUUCUAUCACCGCCAGCAUGAGGUGUGCUGCCAGGAUGCUGUGGUGAAACUCAGGAAGAUUUCUGACUGGGCCCUGAAGCUCAGCAGUCUGGACAGAAGGACUGUCACCUCCAUCCUGUACCCAUUACUGAGGCUCCGGCAGGCCUGUUGCCAUCCUCAGGCGGUUCGUGGGGAGUUUCUGCCACUCCAGAAAAGCACCAUGACAAUGGAAGAGUUGCUGACAUCUUUGCAAAAGAAAUGUGGAACUGAAUGCGAAGAGGCCCAUCGCCAGCUAGUGUGUGCCCUCAAUGGCUUAGCAGGCAUUCAUAUCAUUAAAGGUAGAAGGUCAAAGCUAGUAUCUGGCAUGGUGGCUCAUGCCUGUUACUGCAGCACUUGGGAGUCAGAGGUGGAAAGAGUACUGCAAACUGGAGGCCUGCCUUAUUUACAUAGUGAGUUUGCUUCAGCAGCGGAACUGUAUAGAGAAGUACUGCGCUCAUCUGAGGAGCACAAAGGAAAACUCAAAACUGAUUCACUUCAAAGACUUCAUGCCACACAUAAUUUAAUGGAGCUCUUAGUAGCCAAGCACCCAGGGAUACCUCCUACCUUGCGAGACAGCAGGCUUGAAGAAGAGGCCAAACAGCUGAGAGAACACUAUAUGAGUAAAUGUAACACAGAAGUUGCUGAAGCCCAGCAAGCUUUACAGCCUGUGCAGCAGACCAUCCGAGAGCUCCAAAGGAAGAUUCAUUCUAAUUCUCCCUGGUGGCUAAAUGUAAUUCACAGAGCAAUGGAAUUUUCUGUUGAUGAGGAACUUGUUCAGAGGGUGCGAAAUGAAAUAACCUGUAACUACAAGCAACAAACUGACAAGUUCUCUAUGUCAGAGAAGUUCCAUGAUUGCAGAGGUCUUCAGUUCUUACUCACAACACAAAUGGAAGAGCUAAGCAGAUUCCAGAAGUUAGUGAGAGAAGCUGUGAAGAACCUGGAGAGACCUCCGUCCCGUGAUGUUAUUGAGUCUGCGACAGUCUGCCACCUGCGACCAGCCAGACUUCCUCUCAACUGCUGUGUCUUUUGUAAAGCAGAUGAAUUGUUCACAGAGUAUGAAUCCAAGCUAUUUUCUAACACAGUCAAGGGUCAGACUGCAAUCUUUGAGGAAAUGAUAGAAGAUGAGGAAGGACUGGUGGAUGAUCGAGUACCUACCACUACCCGGGGCCUAUGGGCAAUCAGUGAGACAGAGCGGUCUAUGAAAGCAGUUCUGUCAUUUGCAAGAUCACAUAGAUUUGACGCUGAGUUUGUAGAUGAAGGAAGUGUUUCAAUGGAUCUUUUUGAGGCUUGGAAGAAGGAAUAUAAGUUGCUUCAUGAAUAUUGGAUGACUCUAAGAAAUCGUGUAUCUGCUGUUGAUGAACUUGCAAUGGCUACAGAACGACUAAGAGUGAGACAUCCCAAGGAGCCAAAGCCAAACCCACCUGUUCCUCAUAUCAUUGAACCACAUGAGGUAGAGCAAAAUCGAGUAAAGCUAAUAAAUGAUAAAGCCGUUGCUACAUCACAGCUUCAGAAGAAACUUGGACAGCUUCUGUACCUAACGAACUUGGAGAAGUCUCAAGACAAAACCUCAGGAGGUGUUAAUCCAGAACCUUGUCCAAUCUGUGCUCGACAGUUGGGAAAACAGUGGGCAGUGCUGACCUGUGGACACUGUUUCUGUAAUGAGUGUACGUCUAUUAUUAUUGAACAGUACAGUGUGGGGUCUCACAGAAGCUCAAUCAAGUGUGCCAUCUGCCGCCAGACCACAUCACACAAAGACAUCUCCUAUGUCUUCACCUCAGAAAAAGCAAACCAAGAUGAUGAUAUCCCUGUGAAGGUAAAGGGCAGCCAUUCUACAAAAGUGGAAGCUGUGGUCAGAACGCUGAUGAAAAUAAAGCUCAGAGAUCCAGGGGCCAAAGCACUCGUUUUCUCAACGUGGCAAGAUGUAUUAGAUAUUAUUUCAAAAGCUCUCACUGACAACAACAUGGAAUUUGCGCAAAUCAGUCGCAUUAAGACCUUUCAGGAGAACCUUUCAGCAUUUAAACAUGAUCCCCAAAUCAAUAUUUUGCUGCUUCCUCUGCAUACUGGCUCUAAUGGAUUAACUAUCAUUGAAGCAACUCAUGUUCUCCUGGUAGAGCCCAUACUGAACCCCGCCCAUGAGCUUCAGGCCAUUGGGAGGGUGCACAGGAUUGGACAGACAAAACCCACUAUUGUGCACAGAUUCUUAAUUAAGGCAACAAUAGAAGAGCGAAUGCAGGCCAUGCUGAAAACUGCAGGGAGGAGUCACACUAGCUCAUCCGGGAAGCAUUCUGAAGCCUCCGUGUUAACUGUGGCUGAUCUGGCAGACCUGUUUACCAAAGAAACAGAGGAGCUUGAAUGAAGUGCCAUCAGAUCAUUCCACAGACUUUAGUAUAUUACUUGCUUUCAUAGUGGUAAAGCAAAGUUUAAGUUUUUAAAAAAUGAGUAGAUAUCAGUAAAUGCUGUUUCAAGUUCAGUGAAUUUUUGUUUUAUUUUUGGUUUGGUUUGGUUUGGUUUGGUUUGGCUUAGUUUGGAUUUGCACUGGCCUUGUAAAUAUUGAGCCCUUGUCAAUAUACUGUUUUCAAAAGACAUAUUUUUAGUUUUAUACUCCUGAAAAAUUUUUGUUCCAAUAAAUACCUAUACCUGAUAAGGCAAGGGAAUUAAGAGGUAUUGAAUGAAUGCUUUUCAUUUGCUAGAUCCUUGGUAAGAAAGUCAGAAUUACAUAAGAGAGAAGGUAAACUACUGUAGUCUUAUGUGGCCUGAUAAUAUUCAGCCAGUCUGGAUCACUUUGAAAGGCCUUCAGUGUCUGUAGCAUAUGAUUCACCCAUAUCUUGUCAGUAGUAUUUUAAGAAAAUGCUGAACUGUAAUAACUGCUAGUUAUUUGCAUAAGUUUGAACUGUAACACCAUGCAUAGUGACUCCACAGUAGUACAACUUCUAAUGAUAAAUUGUUAGACAGUUUUAUCAGUUUUUUGUAUCUUGCUACUAAAAAAUAAAAAUACUAAAAGAUUCAUUUUUCCAGUAUGCAUUGUGGUAUCAUUGUUAAGUAGUUUAAACAACGUUUUUACAUGUAUUAACAUUUACCUUAAAAUUAUCUGUUUACUCUUUUUAUUAAGUUUUUAUGUGUUUUAAGAUUGGUAUAUCUGUAAGUAUUUCAGCUUUAUGAUUUGGAGUCUUAUUAUGACAUGGAAAUGUAUUAUGACAUAGAUAUGUGAUGGGUUUUUAUCAUUUUUGUACUGAUGCCUUAGAUUGUAUCCCCCUCCCAUGUUCUUGAGUAGCUACUUUAUUCAUUAAUAUCUGAAUUUGUGAUAAAGCUUGUGAUUUCAUUUCAGUCUUCAUACCCUUAGGAACUAGUAUUUGAUUUUACAUGCAAGAUAAUAUUGUGUUCAUAUACACAAAUAACAUAAGUGAUAAAACUGAGCAUUCUUCUUCCAUGAAGAAUUAAUGGAUGACUUUGAAAUCACAAAAUAAGGAGUAUCUUGUCAUGUCCUCACCCUGUGAUGUAAUACAGAUGUUCUAGGUUCCUUUCCUUUGAGCCUUCACAGUUUUAAACAACCCUCAGGACUCACUAGCUCCUACCUAGCUUCCCAGAAAACUGUACUGGAAACAUUCCCUGGGUCUCACUUCAUCCAAGAGCUCGGUGCUUAGCUAAGGUGCAUUUUCCUACUCCAGGUUUAUAGGUGGCAACUCAACUGAAGAAGACACGUCUUUGGUGCUUAUUCUUUAGUUGACAGGAGAUACACAUUGAUUCUUUUAUAUGAAAUCCAAUAUUUUUACAGCUCAUUACAUGUUGUAAGGAGCUUUUCUGUAUGUUCAUGUAUUUAAUAUUCCAGGGAAGUCGAUAAAAUUAAAAUUCCUGUUUCAAAGGUAAAGAGCUAAUGUUCAGAAAUACUGGGAAACUUGCCUAUGACAUGUAGCAAAUACACAUUUCUAGAACCCAGGCCCCCUGGCUUCACACCUAAUGUUCUUCCACUAAAUCAUAUGUCAUGCUAAGAUUCAGAAGCCUAAUGGCUAUAACUUAAUAAUGAGACCAUUUAAGUACUUAUUUUUGCUUAUUUCCUAGUAUUCCUUCAUGCUCUGUGUUCUAGGAAAAACAAUUUGAUAUG